AUGGACUCCAACAGACAGAGCCCGCCAUCGACCGCCCGUGUCGUCGCCGUCGUCACGUUCUACAUGACGGCCGCCCUGGUCAUGGUUUUCGUGAACAAGGCCGUGCUCAAUUCCUCGCCUGAUCUCCCGCUUUUGUUCCUUCUCAUCCAACUCGUCAUCGCCGUCAUCCUCCUCCAGACUUCAGCCUUCUUCACCCCCAAGGUCGAGAUCCCAAAGUUCGAUCUGCUCGCCGCCAAGAAACUGACGCCUGUGGUGCUUGUCAACAUCAUUGGCCUCGUCUUCAACACCCUAUGUCUCCGCUCGGUCGAGGCCUCUUUCUUCCAAAUUGCGCGUGGGCUCGUGCUACCAUUGACUAUUGCGGUCUCGUCCGCGGCGACGUCCUCUUCGCCUUCCGCUCGCGUCGUCAUCGCAGCCGCCGUGGUCAUGGCUGGCUUCUUCAUCGGCAUCGCCCCGGAGGGCAACCUCCCGGUCUCAGCGAUUCCCUCGACCCUCUCGCUUUUCUAUGGCGUGCUCUCAUCUCUCUUCAUCGCUCUUCAUGCCGUCCUCAUAAAGGCGUCUCUGCCCUAUUGCGGCAACUCCACCAUACAGCUCGCCUGGUGGACCAACCUCGGGUCCGCUGCUUUCCUUGUUCCUUUCGUGCUUCUCGAUGGCGAGGUAGGGACGCUCUUCGCGCUCAUGGCCAGCCCAGAGUGGAACAUGCGGACCUUCAUCUGGGGCAGUCUCGUCACCGGCGUCUUCGGGUUUCUUCUCUGUGUCGCGGGUUUGCUCAGCAUCAAGGUCACCAGCCCUAUCACACACAUGUUUUCUAGCGCGGCUCGCUCGGGUAUCCAGACCCUCUUGGGCGUCUGGCUCUUCCGCGAUGUUCUCACUCUCAAUCGCAUCGUGUCCAUUACGACCAUCCUCAUCGGGACCAUGUACUAUACUUGGGUCAAGUCUGCCGAGGGUGCGAAGCCGCCACCGCCUCGGGCCAUGGACCUGGAGGCUAUGGGGAGCGGCGAUAGACAGCCUAAGGAAGAGACGAUUGUCUGGCAAGCGCCUGAGAAGGAGCUUGGGGAAGACUCGGAGUGA